AUGGCUCCCGCCCCGGUCCCCGCGCCUCACACGCUAGACCAGAAGCCCCAGCUGGGGCCACUCGGCACCCUGCAGCCCGUGCGCCCGAGGCUGGGCCCCUUGUGCCCGAGGCUGGGCCCCUUGCGCCGGCCCUGGUUCGUGUGCGACAUCCUGGGCAUCGUGUUCGCCGUGAGCACCUGGGUGCUGACCUUCGGCACCGCGUGGGCCGCGCUGGGGCUGGCGGCGCACGCGCGGGCCAUGCUCACCGACCCCGGCGCCGUGUCCCUGGGCCGCGCGCCGGGCAGCGCCCCCGAGGCCCGCUGCCUCCGGUGCUGCAGCGCCAAGCCGCCGCGCGCGCACCACUGCUGCGUGUGCGGGCGCUGCGUCCGCAAGAUGCACCACCACUGCACCUGGGUCAACAACUGCGUGGGCGAGGACAACCAGAAGUACUUCGUGCUCUUCACGCUGUACAUGGGGCUGGCCUCGCUGCACGUGCUGCUGCUGCUCGGCGUCCCUGUCAUGCGCAGCCACGCGCGGGGCGAGUGGGACAGGCACAGCACCGUGUCCCCCCGCCGCUCCCUCAUGUACCUCUUCCUGGUGGCCUUGAUAGCGUUCCUCCUCAACUCCACGAUGUUCGCCAUGCAAAUGUACUCCAUCUGCACCGACAGGACCCUCAUGGAGCGGCUGCAGAGGGACCGCGGGCUGCCACGCAAAGGGUCCCCGUGGUCCAGCUUGAAGGCCGUGUUUGGCCACCGUGUCUCCCUGGCCUGGCUCAGCCCCUUUGCCUCCCCGGAGCCUCAGAGAGUCGAUGAGCACCACUGGGUGGUCUGA